AAAGUCACAAAGCAAAACACAACUUUUGUCUUAAAUCAUUACUAUGAGGCAUCUCUUACCAAACAAUGCUCUUCUCCUCCACUUCUCUUUUAUUCCAUUAUUAGUUUAGUUUAUUACUAUUACUAUACUAUGGCCUCUGCUGCUUUCUCUCUCUAGAACGCGCCAUCUGACUCGACCCUAUCCAUGGCCGAUUCCGCCCGCCGGAAGCCGAGUUCUCAAACACGGAAGCUAUCGUGGUGCUGUUCCUUAACUGGACAUCCGCCUAGCCCUGAAAACCCUGUAAUAAUAGCCAAACCUCACCAUAAAAAGCUUGAAUCGAUCUCCAAACCUAGUUCCAACUCGGUUCCUAACUCACCGCUUAGCUCCAAAUCCGGGUUACAUUUCGUGGGUAGAAUCGACCCACGAAGGAUACUUUCUCCUGGCCGUGUCUCUCCCAUAGAUUCUGAUCCAACCGUCGAUCCCAUCCAUGAAAUCGUCGCUGACCCAUCUCCAGCUGUCGAUUCAGCUCCGAAGUCAAGAUCCAACUCUUUCCGGGGCAAGAAUGAGGCCUCUUUAUCACAUUCGGGUUCUUGGUCGGAGCCAUGCGGAGGCCUGUUUGAUGUGAGGCUGAAAUUGAGGGGGAAGAAGGGAGCUGCUUUAGUACUGGAAACGACCUCGGAGGUCCUAAUUGCGAAUUCGGAGGUUUUUGCGGGGUUGAUUACAGAGUACCGAAAAGGUUUGGGGUUGGCGAGUGAUAAUAACCUUAAUAAUGAUUCGUUGAAGAUGUGUAGAAUAGAGGUUCCUGAUGUGGAGAAUUUAGGGGUUUUUCGGGACACAAUUGAGCUAAUGUUUGAGGAGGAUAUUACUAAGAAACUCUUGAAGAUUGGGGUUUAUAGAGCCAUCGACAUACUUGAGGUAUCUGCUAGCAUCAUGUUUACCAAAGGUGUUUUGUCCUGUUUGAAAUACCUUGAGGCUGUUCCUUGGACUGAGGAGGAAGAGGAAAAACUAAGGGGUCUUUUUUCAGUGUUCAAGUUUGAGGAGACAGCAACUCAAGAUAUUUUAGCCAGACUAAAUUUGUGUAAUUCAGUAGGUCAACAAAAUUUAGCUAGACAGCUAGUUUGGUCUAUCACCACCUGUACAGAUGCUAAUGCAAGAAAUGAACUAAAGUCAUUAGUUAAGGGUCUUUUUUGCAAAAGCUCAAUCUAUGAGAAGGACCAACCUGAACUUAAUAAGGAUGAUCUCUAUGUUGUUUGUCAGUCCUGUCUAGGUUCACUGGCAACCCUCAUGGAGGAGGCCUCGCACACCUCUCCCAAGGGGAGCGUGAUAAAAAAAGAAAGAGGUAAACCAUUGAUUGAACGCAUCUCCAGACAGGUUGACAACAUAAAUUGGUUGCUGGACCUUCUUCUUGAUCGGCAGAUGGGUGAGGAAUUUGUGGAUAUGUGGACAUGUCAAGGUGAGCUACUUAAUUUGCAUGAGAGUACAUCUCCCAUGAUCAGAUAUGAGCUUAGCAGGGUUUCUGCAAAUCUAUUCAUUGCAAUGGGGACCAGAAAACUGCAUUGUCGCUCAGAAGCAAGAGCAGCACUUCUCCAGGCAUGGUUUUGUCCAAUGCUAUCAGAUUUUGGUUGGCUGCAGAGAUGCAAAAAGGGGUUGGACAUGAAAAUAUUGGAAGAAGCCAUGGGUCAGACACUGUUAACGCUUCCUCUGAAGCAGCAGUAUACACUAUUUAUGGAAUGGUUUAGGUGUUUCUCCAAGCAUGGCAGUGAAUGCCCUAAUCUAAGCAAAGCAUUCCAGAUUUGGUGGCGCCGAUCAUUCCUAAGAGGCUCAGAAACUUAUUCCAUUGAAUCUAGGUAAUUAGGGAGGGUUGUCCUGUUAUUUUCCACUCCCCUGACGUCGCUAAAUGUUAGGUUGAGGAUUCUGAAAUAACUGGAAUUGAAUAAUGUAGAUUAACCAUGUAGAAUUGUUGUAAUAGCUAGUAAAGAUAAAUGGUAACAUAUUUUCUGAGAUUAUCUACAUCUUUAUCAAUUGGUGUAUGUCAGAAAAUUGUGAAAGUGGAAAGUGAGUAUUAUAGUUCUUUCUCACGCGCAAAUAUGAAGUUCAGUUCCAAGA